AUGUUUGUCACCGGGGAUUUAGGGUUUUUGAACCUAGUCCUUGUGGUGGUUUGUGUGGUGUUGCCGGUGAUUGGUUUUGUAAUUCGGCGGAAAUGGCAGGUUGCGGUGGCUAGGAAUGAGGAGAUCAAGAGGCUUUUGGUUUUGGCUGCUGAGGAAACGGAAAGGGUUGAGAGAGAGGCGUUAUAUGUGUCUGCCCCGGUUUUCGCUGCUGCUAACAGUUAUCAAUGUGCUCUCUGCUAUUUUCCCGCUACUGCGCGAUGUGCUAACUGCAAAUCCGUUCGCUACUGUUCUACUCAUUGCCAAACUGUUCAUUGGCGUCAAGGUCAUAAAUUUGAAUGUCAUCCUCCCAGCAAAACACAUCAGAGCGAUGGCGUAAUAAGUGGUAUUGACAAGAGGAAAGUGGAGCAAGAUUACUCUGGUAUCCAUGAGGAGAAAUCUGAAAACAGAGGUGCAGAGUGUAAAAUACCCUCUCAAGCUAUCAGCUUUUCUCCCAAGGCUUCAUUUGGAAAGGAUGAUAAUAUUAAAGCCGGGUUCCUUACGGAGGAAAUUUUAGCAGAUACUAAUUCUGAAUUAUCCAGUAAUUCAUUUUCUGGAUUUUCGGCUUCCCCAAGUGCUAGUGAUUCAUCUGAUGAUUCCUCUGUCUGUGAGAGUAUCGUCUCAAAUGAGCAUGACCGAUCGGAGGGACAUAUUUCUUUUGUUCCCACCCUUGACAUUACUGAUAAAACCACAAACAAUAGCAAUGUGGAUGCAGCAAUGUCUUCUUCUCCAAAGUUUGCGAGUUUGCUUGAUUCAGUUGGUGGUUCUUCUACAGUUCACAAAUUAAAUCAUAUCACACCUGAUUCUAGUAAAGAAGAGAGGGAGCUUGCAUCAAAUGGUGCUUCAGGCUCAAGCGUGUGGAAGGGUGUGAAAAUUGAGCCUUCUGGAUUCUGGGAUAAAGCUCUUGAUUCAGGAGGGAUUAAAGAUAACACUAAUAAUAAAACUUAUCCAUCCCAUUCUGAUGAAUCCACUUGUGGAAAGACUGAUUCUGAAUUGUCAUUCCGCUUUCAAUUUGGCACCAUGCCUCCUUUGCAUGUACGAGAUACUGAGGCUAAGGAAUCUUUGCCUGAUGGCACUCUUCCAAACUCUGUUGGGAAGAAUAUGCCACAUCCAGGAUCAGCAUCAUCUGAGAACAACAACCUGAAUUCUUCAAAGGUGAGGAACCUCGCAUUCACCAAUAGUGGAGAUCCCAAUUUUAUAAGCAAAGCUCGCAGUGGUUCUGGAUCUGAUCAAUUGGAAUCUAAAGACAGAUCUGAGCCACCUCUACACCCCUUUUCCUCCCAAUUCUCCAGGAUUGGCAAAGAUCCAGGUUCUGCAGAUACUAAGAGCAUCCAUAACUUGCAACCAUCUGACUCCGUGGCAUCAAAUCAUGUUGUGGACAACCAUGGCUGCACCUCUAAGUCCACUGAUGUUAUAAUCAAGACACACGAGCUUGCUGAUUCUAAAAUAGCUUCUACAAAUGAAGGACAUUCACAGCCAAGUGCAAAACAUAGGAAUAAUGGCAUUGAAUAUGGGACUGUCACUUCUUCUCAUGUUAGCUACUCUGCAAAUUCUAAGUGUGGCUUGAAAACAUCUGUUUUAAAAGUCGUUGAUCAGAUUAGAGGAUCAAAUCUGUCCAAGCACACUACUUUAUCCCUUGGGAGUGAUAUUGCUGGAAAAUACAAUGACAAGGGUCUUUUUCCAUAUGAAUCAUUUGUCAAGCUUUAUAACUUCAACAAGGUGGAAUUGUACCCGUUCGGUCUUAUAAAUUGUGGAAACAGUUGUUAUGCUAAUGCUGUACUUCAGUGCCUAGCUUUUACUCCACCCUUAACUGCUUAUUUUCUUCAAGGACUACAUUCUAAAUCAUGUACAAAUAAAAAAUGGUGCUUCACCUGUGAAUUUGAAUGUUUGAUUUUGAAGUCAAAGGACACAAAAUCUCCACUAUCUCCAAUGAGCAUACUUUCUCAAUUACAGAGUAUUGGGAGCCAGCUUGGUAAUGGCAAAGAAGAAGAUGCACAUGAAUUUAUAAGACAUGCUAUUGACACAAUGCAAUCUGUUUGCCUUAUGGAAGCUGGGGUUAAUGCAUCGGGUUCAUUGGAAGAGGACACUACUUUAAUGAGUCAAACAUUUGGAGGAUACCUUCGUUCAAAGAUAAAAUGCAUGAAAUGUGGUGGGAAGUCCGAGUGUCAGGAAAGGAUGAUGGAUCUAACUGUUGAGAUAGAAGGGGAGAUAUCAACACUUGCGGAUGCUCUUCGGCGUUUCACAAGCACUGAGACUUUGGAUGGAGAAAAUAAGUACCACUGUGUCAGAUGUAAAUCUUAUGAGAAGGCCAAGAAGAAGUUGACAGUUUCAGAGGCCCCCAAUAUUCUGACAGUUGCAUUAAAGAGAUUUCAGUCUGGAAAAUUCGGGAAGCUCAACAAGCCUAUUCAAUUUCCUGAAAUACUUGAUCUCGCGCCUUUCAUGAGUGGGUCUAGUGAUAAGACACCCAUAUACAGAUUGUAUGGUGUGGUUGUUCAUUUGGAUAUUAUGAAUGCUGCUUUUUCAGGGCACUACGUGUGCUACUUGAAGAAUAUUCAAAACAAGUGGUUCAAGGUUGACGACAGUGUGGUGACAGCUGUUGAAGUGGAGAGAGUCUUGACAAAAGGAGCAUAUAUGCUUUUUUAUGCAAGGUGCUCUCCAAGGGCCCCUAAAUUAAUUAGAAACAUGAUACUGUCCCAAGAUUCAAAAAGUAAGGUCAAUGAAAAGUCUACUACAACGAAAGCAAGAUCUGUGUCGUCAAAUUCUGGUGCAGCUGAACCCAUCAGUAGUUCAGUUUCUUCAGACAGCUCACCCACCUUGGAGUCUUUCUAUUCAAGAUUUCACCACCUGAAAAGGAUUUUAGAAGAAGACUCAUCAAGUGAUAGUUCAUCCCUUUUCAGCAGUAACUCUGAUGAACUUUCUUGCAGUACUGAUAGUACCCGUGAUUCAACUAGCAUGGACGACUUCUCCGACUAUAUUUUUGGUGAUUCAGGGCAUGGAUGGAGUAGCCCGUGGAGGAAUUCUGAUUCUGACUCGUCCUCAUCCUCUCCCUUGAAUUACAGACAUUCACCAUUAUCUGACAUGGACAAGUAUGAUUCAGUGUCUCCAGUUACAACCGGUUCAAGUGUGAAGACAGAUAGGGGCGGUGGUAUAUCUCAUUUGCAUUCUGACACAAUUUUACAGAAGAAAAAGUUAGAUAGCAGUAGCAUUAGCAGCAAUAGUAGUAGUAGAGAUGUUGACUCGUCUCUGAAAGUAGGAUCUAACCAUUCUAAUGAUAAGAACUCUGGUGUAUCGAGUAGAAAGUCGAGGAAAAGAACGGAUUGA